UGUACUUGGUUGACAUUUUUAUGGCAACGAGUGAUUUUUCCUGCGAUAAUCUAAUCUUUAAAGUUAUAGAGUGGAAGAACUGUUAUUCACUAUAAUUUAACAUAAGUGUUACAACAGAAAAAAAAAAUUUGUAGUCUUGAUAAUAAACUAAUAAAAAUUCCGUUAUGCGUUCGAAUAAGCCCCGCUCGAAUGUGUAUGGCUUUCUUGUUGUGUGAAAUUAUUGUCUUAUUCUGCUAUUGUAGACCAACUGUUUACAGUUUUACAUAAUUUUAUGUUAAUUUUGUUUUAAUAUCAAGAACAGCUAGCAUGUGCUAAGUCAAAUAUUUUCUGACAUAACCUUUAUUUGAUUAAGGAACAUUGCAUAUUAACUGACACAUAUAGUAGAUAAACCAAAUAUUGAGAACAGCAUAAUUUAUUGCUCUCUUUUAUAGAUUUAAAAUUGUAUUUUUUGAAACAUGGCUGAUCAAACUUGUUGUAUUGGUACAUGUACAUUUUCUCAUUCUAACCAGAAGUUUUUUAAGUUUCCAUUACAUAAUGUAGCAUUACUUUAUGCGUGGUUAAAAGCAAUGGAUUAUGAUAAUUCAUUUGAUAUAACUGAAAAUACAUUAAUAUGUAGUGCUCAUUUUAAAAAUGAUGAUUUUAUUUUGGAAAAUGGUUCUUAUGAUAUUUCUCCAACAGCUAUUCCAUCAAAGUUCAAAUAUGAAAUCUCAAAGUUAAAUGAAGAAACAUAUAUUUCAAAUACAUACAGUAAUAAUAUAAAUAAUACUGUUGGUAAUAGUACAGUAUUUAACUCUGGUACAGAUUAUGAAAUUCAUUUGUUGCCUAAUGCUAAUGAAUCUUCUAAUUUUACUCAAGAUAAAUCAGAUGAAAAUGAUAACCAAGAAGUAUCACAUCAAAUAUUUCCAACUACAAGAAUUAAUAAUGACCAAAAUGAAUUGCUUUAUAGUGAUCAUUCAACUAAAAAUAAUAACAUACCACAAAGAAGUUUUUCUAUUUACCCUUCUUCAUUAGAAUCUACGAGUAAUUCUGGAAUUGAAAUAAGUAAUCCACGUACUAUUGGAAAAUCAAUUUUAUACCAGGAGACCAAUCAAGACUUAGAUAAUCCAGAUUAUUGGAUGCCUGUAAAACACCGUUGUAAAUCCAUUUUAACUAAUAAAUAUGCUAAACAAUUAAGAUUAAUUGCCAAUUCAAGAAAUAGGUUCAUUACAAAAUAUGAUAAGAAGGGUUCUGGAUCCAUAAAUGCAAUUGAUAUUAAUCUAAGGUACUUAACACUAAGAAAGCUUUUAUAUGAAACUGAAAACAAAUUAGUGGUCAAUAAUUUUGACACAUCAAAAUAUCCAGCUUUUCGGUUAAAUAAUGACAUGGAAAUAUCUAAUAUUAUUAAUACCUCACUAGGAGCCAUAAAUGGCAAUUCGUCUACUAAUAAAAAUUCUUGGUCACACCCUGAUAACAGUUUCUCAGAAGUUUUACCAUCAGCUGACGAUGAAAAUUUAAUUUUAUAAAUAAUAACUAUUUGUAAAUAUAUAUGUAAUAUUUUUAUAUUUAUUCCAGGUAUGUUUGGUGAAUUAAUUAGAACUACUAUUAAUUUAAUUUUGUCUUGAAAAUUAUUUCACCAAUAAAAAAAAAUCUAAAUAAUUUGAUUAC